GUUAUUUUUCCGUCUUAAAGGCACAAACAUGAUCAAAAUGUAAACAAAGGGGGCUGCAACCGACAUUUGUACGGAUUAUCUCUUUUAUAUUCUUUUAAUACGGAUUUUUGGCAAAAAAUGAAGCAAUUCAAAACGCUGGCUAGAGAGAGCAGCAGAUUGCUGUGUCUGUCUGCCAAUCUACAGGACUGUCCGCUAAGGGGAUCGGGGCUCGGAAGAGAUUAAUCGCCACAACCUUGCCAACAAGCUUCUUUCCCUCUGUGGAUCAAUUGCAUAACCGUGUUAUUAUAUAAAUACAUCCCCAGUAAACCGUAAACACUGGACGUUUGUCAAGACGCCAAUGAAAGGAGCUGAUUGCGCCGUGAAUGGGUCAUCAGGGGAGCUGAUCCUCGUCUGCCCUCACCACCACUACUCCUACUCUGUCUCUGCUGCUACUGCUGCUGGACUGACCGCAGUCAUCUGCUCACAGUUCUCAUCUUCCUCCUCCGCCUCCCCCCUCCUCCUCUUCCUUGUGUCUCUGCAGGGAGAUAAAAGCCAUGGUCCAGUCAGAGUCUUGACUGGCUGCAAAAGGCGCGCCCACUGCUGGUUGCGCACUUCUUGGAAAAGAAAGUGUAUACCUGCUCCGAUCCAGUUUCAACCGAGCAUCCGGAGAGAGAGAGGGGGCCUUCAUGGGAAGGAUAACGUACGGAUUUAGGAUUCAGCUCCUUGAGUAAAUAACUUGAGCAAAUAGUCGCGCAGAGAUGGCUCUUCAGAGGAUCUUUCGUGUGGUUAUUAUGGGACCUCCGGGGUCGGGGAAGGGGACGGUGUCUGCGCGCAUUACCAAAACUUUUGGACUGCAACACAUUUCUAGUGGGGACAUUUUGAGGGCCAACAUCAACGCCAAAACCGAGCUCGGUCUGCUGAUGAAGUCCUGCAUUGAUCAGGGUCAGCUGGUACCCGAUGACGUCAUGUCUCGUCUCAUUCUGAGUGACCUGAGAGCGAUGGACCACAGCAGCUGGCUGCUCGAUGGCUUCCCUCGCACAGUAUCCCAGGCCGAGGCUCUGGAUGGGACCUAUAGAGUGGACACAGUCAUCAACCUCAAUGUACCUUUCCAGACCAUCAAAGAGAGGCUCACGUCUCGCUGGACUCACCUUCCCAGCGGCAGAGUCUACAACAUCGAUUUCAACCCUCCCAAAGUCCCUGGUUUGGAUGACGUGACAGGGGAGCCUCUGGUCCAGAGGAACGAUGACACACCAGAGACGGUCACACGCAGACUGAAGUCCUAUGAAAACCUGACAGAGCCCGUCUUAGAGUACUACAGGAGUAAAGGUGUGCUAGAGACCUUCUCUGGGACAGAAACCAACAAGAUCUGGCCACACGUCGAGACGUUCCUCCACAGAAAACUCCCCUCCGUCCAACAGAAAGUCGCAUAGGCACGAGAAGGGUUAAAGUUUACUGGCAGAAACCAAUCUGUUUGCGACGUCCAAUCAGGUGCCACUUUCUGUGAAACAAGAGAAGAGCCAUCUGUGUAAUGAUAUAUUAUGAGGAGCAGGCUCAUACAGUUGAUGUCAGGAAGCGAUAGUUAGACUGCAGAUGUUGUUGGGAAAAACUCCACUGUUGCACUGUGUCGAUCACGUCUCUGAAUUUAGUUUGGCUAAACUCUCAGGACGCUUAAAAUCCUUCAAACAUUAAUGUUUAGAUGUUUCACAGAUUGUCUCUUUAUUUAAUUAUGUGCCUUUAUAAAGCCAGGAGACGUCACUGAAACGAAGAUCAAGGUCUUUAACAGCACAGUAUCAAGGUCACAUUCACAAGAAAUGUUGCAAGAUAGAAAUAGUUAUGUCAAGUCUUCUCUGGUGAAAGCAAGCAGCUAAAGAGUGGAGUGAUGUUUAGGUGUUCUUAUUGCAAACAUGAGUACUUUUUUCAGUUGAUGGCAGCCACACCCAACAAGAUGUUUUGAGAUAAAUUAGAGGCUUUCCUGUUUUCUCU